CUCGCGGCAGGCGCGGUGCCCGCCAUCGCCGGGGUGCAGCGUGUUCCGUGUGCCCCGAGCCCAUCGGCCCUUCCCGAGCCUUUCCCGCUGAGCCCUCGCCGGGCCCGGCCCGGCCCGCGCCCCGUGCAUCAUGGCCGCGUACAAGCCAGUGGUGGUCCAGGCGUGCCCCAAGCUCGGGGAGAAGAUCACGCAGGACACGCUGUACUGGCGGGGAUACAAGACGCCUGUUCAGAUAAAGGAAUUUGGUGCAAUAAAUAAAAUUGACUUCUCCCCAGUCCCGCCAUAUAACUACGCAGUCACCGCAUCCUCGAGGGUAAGUGGCUUUUCCGAGGCUUUUAUGCUCUUGUCUUUCAGCUGGUGUCACACAGGGAGAUGUAACGCGCUCUUGUUUUCCCAGAUCCACAUCUACGGCCGUUACUCCCAGGAGCCCAUCAAGACCUUCUCUCGCUUUCGGGACGCCGCCUACUGUGCCACCUACAGGGACGACGGGCGCCUGCUCGCCGCCGGCAGCGAGGACGGCAGCAUCUGCCUCUUCGACGUCAGCGGCAAAGCACCGCUGAGGCAGUUCGAGGGUCAUACCAAACCAGUUCAUCUAGUGGGCUUCCUGUCUGACAAAUACCGAAUAUUUUCUGGUGGUGAUGAUUAUUCAUCAAAUUUGUGGGAUAUUCCAAGUGCCACAGAAAUCAUAUCUUACAGUGAACAUACUGACUAUGUGAGAUGCGGCUGUGCAAGUAAAGUGAAUGCAGAUGUCUUCAUAACAGGUUCCUAUGAUCAUACUGUGAAGCUGUUUGAUGCACGAACAAAGAGUAGUGUCUUGACAAUAGAACAUGGCCAUCCUGUGGAGAGUGUGCUUCUCUUUCCGUCUGGUGGACUUCUAGUAUCUGCAGGAGGUCGAUAUGUCAAAGUUUGGGAUGUACUAAAAGGCGGACAGUUACUAGUUUCACUUAAAAAUCACCAUAAAACUGUAACUUGUUUGUGCCUGAACAGCUCUGGACAAAGGUUAUUGUCAGGAUCCCUGGACAGGCAUGUGAAGAUUUACAGUACUACAUCCUACAAAGUAGUCCACAGCUUCAACUAUGCAACAUCCAUCCUCAGUCUUGCGUUGUCGCCUGAAGAUGAAACCAUAGUUGUAGGCAUGACCAAUGGGGUGCUGAAUGUUAAACACAGAAAACCAGAAGAAAAGAGUGAAAACACUCAAAAGAAGAGACAACCAGCAUAUAGAACCUAUGUGAAAGGAAGAACUUACAUGCCAAAACAGGAAGAUUUCUGUGUCAGCAAACCUGUAAAACGUGUUUUGAGAAAAUACGAUAAGCUGCUGAGGAGUUUUCAAUCUUCCAAGGCUCUUGAUGCAGUACUGGAGCCACCCAUCAUGCUUCAUACUCCUGAAGUCACGGUUGCAGUCAUGCAGGAACUACAUCGCAGAGGAACACUGAGAAGUGCCCUUGCAGGCCGGGACGAGAAGCAAGUUAAUCUCCUGCUUACCUUUGUGGCAAGGCGUGUGAUUGAGCCUAGAUUUACUCCUGUGCUGGUGACUGUUGCUGAUAUGAUCACUGAUAUUUAUCAGCCUGUGGUUGGGCAGUCAGCAAUAGUUGAUAAACAGUUCUUGAAACUUCAGGAAGCUAUUGGAAAAGAAAUUGACUAUCAAGAAGAACUACUGGAAGUCCUGGGAAUGAUGGAUACACUGUUUGCUACUUUUACUAAGAAAAAAGAUACCUGUCUGGAAGAGAACAAAAGUAAUGGUGUUACAGAGAUCAUUGAAACAAACAUGAAUUUCUGACACCCAUCACAAAAAAUUGUCACAAUUGUGAACUUGAAAGAUGACCUAUUCUCCUGGUAACUUCUUAUACUAGUGACUUUCAAAAUAAGCUUCUCUGUGUUGAAGUUAUGUCUUUUAAACUGUGUUGCUGAAUAGGCUUGAUUACUGAAGACAGAGGACAUUUUCAGGGUUGUCCAUACAAUAUUUUUCAAACAAUUUAGUUUUAAAGUUUUAUUUCAGAGUUACACAACUUCUUAAGGAUUUAUAUGGCCUGAUUUUCAGUAGCAGCAGGGCUGCAGGGUUGGCUUCUGUGAGAAGCUGCCGGAAGCUUUCUUCAUGUUUGGCAGAACCAGUCCCUGGUGGCUCCACAGAUGGAUGUGCCACUGGCAAAGGCUGGG